AUGGCUCUUCCACAAAGACUCGCGCCCCCGCACGACGAACUACGCCAGUUCUAUGUCGGAAAAGACAUCCACGAUGUUCCCAAGCCGGCCGUCAUCUUAGACGUGUCACGAGUUCGAAGACAUUGCCAAUCCAUGCUAGAGGCUGUGGAUGCUUUGGGUGUCAGAUUCCGUGCCCAUGUCAAGACACACAAAACAGUCGAGGGCACGCGGCUUCAAGUUGGGCAAGGCAGUGGCGACAUAAAACUCGUCGUAUCGACUCUAGCGGAGAUCGAUCACCUUCUCCCACUCUUCAAGGAGUAUCAAGACGCAGGCCGACAUGUCGACAUCCUCUACGGCAUCCCACUUCCACCAUCUCAAAUUCCUCGACUCGCUGCCCUUGGCUCCGAGUUGGGGAAAGGAAGCAUCUCGGUUAUGAUCGACCAUCCCUCCCAACUCGACUCAGUCAAGAGCUUUUCCCAACAGACGAAAUUCCCCGCUCGCGUUUACUUGAAGGUCGACACUGGUUACCACCGUGCGGGACUACCUCCAACAUCCUUGAACAAGAAUGGCUUGAUAGAAGCUCUGGCGCAGCUUGAGGCACAGGGGGAAGCUGAGUUGAUUGGACUGUACUCGCAUAGUAGCCUGAGCUACAAAGACUCUAGCCCUGACCAAGCUAUGUCUAAUCUGGAGGGUGAGAUACAAGGCUGUCUUGAAGCCGUACACGCCCAGUCCCAUUUGUUCCCCAAGGAUAAAGAGAUCACAAUCAGUGUCGGGGCUUCUCCGCAAGUUACAGCCAUCGAAAACUUGACCAACGCCGAAGGAGAUUUGUCAGAUGCUGCCCAGUCUCUACGCAAGGCGAUUCAAACGGUCUCGGCCGGAAGACCAGGCGGACUUCAGACCACCCUUGAACUCCAUGCAGGAGUGUACUCCAUCCUUGAUCUUCAGCAAACCUCAACGAACUCAAGGAGGGCCCUAGGGUCAUUCGAGGAUGAGAUUGCAAUCUCAGUCGUUGCUGAGGUCUGCAGCGUCUACAACGACAACGAGCGAUCUCAGCCAGAAGCACUGGUUGCUGUCGGUAUCCUCGGCUUAGGCAGGGAACCUUGCCCUUCGUAUCCGGGCUGGGGAGUCAUCAAAAAAGCCCACCUUAAGUCCCAAGCAACCUCAGAGAGGCGAUUGGUCAUUGACCGAGUGAGUCAGGAACACGCCAUAGUGGCCUGGGAGCACGGCAAAGAUGAAGAUACCGCUGAUCUACCUCCUCUUCCUUUGGAAGUUGGCCAGAGAGUUGUCAUUUUCCCGAACCACGCCUGUAUCACCGGGGCUCUGUAUGGAUGGUAUCUUGUAGUUGAUUCGUCUGAUGAGGAGAACCCGACUAAGAUUGUUGACGUGUGGGUUAGAGCGAGUGGAUGGUAG